GAGCGGGGCGGUGGGAGCGGGCCGGCACCGGGAGGGCGCCGCGGGGCCCGGGGCGGCCGCAGCAUGGCCGGGAUGGAGCCGUGGAAGCAGUGCGGGCAGUGGCUGAUCAGCUGCAAGGUGCUGCCGCCCAACCACCGGGUCACCUGGGACACGGCACAGGUCUUCGACCUGGCGCAGACGCUGCGCGACGGCGUGCUGCUCUGCCAGCUGCUCAACAACCUGCGCGGCCACUCCAUCAACCUCAAGGAGAUCAACCUGCGCCCGCAGAUGUCCCAGUUUCUUUGCUUGAAGAACAUAAGGACCUUCCUUUCAGCAUGUUGUGAAAUAUUUGGGAUGAAGAAAAGUGAACUUUUUGAAGCAUUCGAUUUGUUUGAUGUAAGAGACUUUGGAAAGGUGAUAGAAACACUCUCAAAACUUUCCCGCACGCCUAUUGCAAUAGCAACAGGAAUAAGACCUUUCCCUACGGAAGAAAGUGUUGAUGAUGAAGAUGUCUACAAAGGUCUUCCUGAUUUAAUAGAUGAAACUGGUGUUGAUGAAGAUGAGGAGCUGUACGACUGUGUCUAUGGAGAAGAUGAAGGCGGAGAGGUUUAUGAAGACCUAAUGAAAGAUGAAGCAGCACAACAACCUAAAUACACUGAAAAUGAUAUAAGAAGCUGUUGUCUCGCUGAAAUAAAACAAACUGAAGAGAAAUACACGGAAACUCUGGAAUCAAUAGAGAAAUUUUUCAUGGUGCCAUUGAAAAGGUUUCUGUCAGCAUCAGAGUUUGAUACUGUUUUCAUCAACAUUCCUGAUUUGGUGAAAAUUCACAGGAGUCUAACACAGGACAUCAAUGAUUCCAUUGUUAACAAAAAUGACCAGAACCUGUAUCAAAUUUUUAUUAACUACAAGGAAAGAUUGGUUAUUUAUGGACAGUACUGCAGUCAAGUGGAGAUAGCCAUAUCAUGCUUAGACAACAUCUCUAAGACAAAAGAAGAUGUUAAACUGAAGUUAGAGGAAUGUUCCAAGAGGGCCAAUAAUGGGAAAUUCACAUUGCGGGAUCUUUUAGUGGUUCCAAUGCAAAGAGUGCUGAAAUAUCACCUACUGCUCCAGGAGCUGGUAAAGCACACUACUGAUACCAUGGAGAAGGCAAAUCUAAACUGGGCACUUGAUGCAAUGAAGGACUUGGCUCAAUAUGUAAAUGAAGUGAAGAGAGAUAACGAAACGCUCCGUGAAAUUAGACAAUUUCAACUAUCAAUAGAGAAUUUGAAUCACUCCCUCUUACAGUAUGGAAGGCCUCAAGGUGAUGGGGAAAUAAGGAUCACUACAUUAGACAAACGUGCAAGGCAAGACAGGCAUAUCUUUUUGUUUGAUCUAGCUGUAAUCGUUUGCAAACGGAGAGGUGAUAAUUAUGAAAUGAAGGAAAUAAUAGAUCUUCAGAAAUACAAAAUUACAAAUAAUCCCACUACUGAUAAGAAAAUAAAAUGGUCUUAUGGCUUCUACCUCAUUCAUAUCCAAGGUCAAAAUGGUUUAGAAGUUUAUUGCAAAACUAAAGAUUUGAAGAAAAAAUGGCUUGAACAAUUUCAGAUGGCUCUGUCAAAUAUACGACCAGACUAUGCGGAUACAAGCUUUCAUGAGUUCAAAAUGCAUACUUUCAGUCGUGUGACAUCUUGCAAGGUCUGUCAAAUGCUUCUGAGGGGAACAUUUUAUCAAGGCUAUUUAUGCUCUAAGUGUGGAGCUGGAGCACACAAAGAAUGCUUAGGAAGAUUAGACAAUUGUGGCAGAGCUAAUUCAGGUGAACACGGGAACCUGAAACAUGAGAAACGAACGAAUGGAAUUAGAAGAAACUCCAGACACGUGGACCCAGGUUUACCAAAAAUGCAAGUAAUUCGAAACUACAAUGGAAUACCCCAACCGGCGCCACAAGAUGGUCCACCGUUGCAUAUCCAGAUUGGGGACACUAUUGAACUUAUUACAGGCGAUGCACAUAGCUUAUUUUGGCAGGGCAGAAAUCUAACAACAGGAGAGCUUGGCUUCUUCCCAAGUGAUGCAGUAAAGCCUAGCCCAUGUGUUCCUAAACCAGUAGACUAUUCGUCACAACUGUGGUUUGCAGGAGCAAUGGAAAGAUUACAAGCAGAGAGUGAACUUAUUAACAGAGUAAACAGCACUUACCUGGUGCGGCACAGAACCAAAGAGUCAGGAGAAUAUGCGAUUAGUAUUAAGUACAAUAACGAAGUGAAACACAUCAAGAUUUUAACAAGAGAUGGCUUUUUCCACAUUGCAGAAAAUAGAAAAUUUAAAAAUUUAAUGGAACUUGUAGAGUACUACAAGCACCACUCUCUCAAAGAAGGCUUUCGAAGUCUGGAUACUACUCUUCAGUUUCCGUAUAAAGAAUCUGAAAACUCAUCGGGUCAAAGGAGUAGCAGAACGGGUGGCAACUUGUUAAGCCCAAAGGUGAUAGGCAUUGCCAUAGCCAGGUAUGACUUCUGUGCAAGAGACAUGAGAGAGCUGUCCUUAUUGAAAGGGGACGUUGUAAAAAUUUAUACAAAGAUGAGUGCGAAUGGCUGGUGGAGAGGUGAAGUAAACGGAAGGGUGGGCUGGUUUCCAUCUACUUAUGUUGAAGAGGACGAAUGAAUUAAAUUUUCCUCUGCUGACCAGCAAUUUCAGGGAUUGUAAAAUUUAAUAACUUUAAAGUGUUACUGGUCUUGUUAAGUAUUUAAGCAGCAGCGUUUUUGUCUGUCUGAACCUUCCAGUCUUAAUGUUGGGAUUUAUAACGAAAUUUGUGCUGACAGAAUAUUACCUUGCCCAGAGCUGUGCAAGAAACAACCUGCCACUUUGCCAUCACUGGGGAUCAGUACAAAGUCCAACCUUCGCCUUCCCAGAAGAUCUCUGGAAAACAAAUUUAUUUAUUCUUAUUUUUCCCUGUAGUACACCAUGAAUACUAGCUAUGGCUGAAUGUUUAAUAAGUCUAUUUUCUUCUAACUAACAUCUGAUGGUACAAGGAGAUGAAGGCUUACUAUUCCUUAUCGCUGCAUGCAGAAAACAGAGUUCAGUCAUUCCAGUAGGCAUGGACUUGUCGUGAAACAUCAAACUACCUUACUUAUCACCUUCUAAACAGUUUUACACUAAAAAAAAAACACAACCCAAAACAAAAAAACACCUGAAGGAAACAAAUGUAGUGAAUAUGAGUAGCAUUCAUGCAUAUAUAAUUAGCUAACUGAAUUCUUUGAGGUCCUGCCUAAAUGUUCUAACAAUUUGUUUAAAGAGAGCGUUUUAAAAAGGUGUAUUGACAAGGUGUUGCCUGAAAAAUCAACAAAGCUGGAAUUCUGGAAUCUUUCCUUAUUAUUCCAGCUGUUUUGUGAGUUUUUUCAUUUAAGCAGCUGACCAUAAAAGUGCAACCAAGGAUAGUUAUGACAAGAUUCAUUUUAAAAUUCUAAGCAUUAGCAUUAAAUAUUGUAGUGCUAUUCUGUAGCAGGAUAUACUGAUGCAAGAUAAUUUUACUUUUCAAGAACAAAAUUGUUUAUCUUAACCUCAUGGUUGAUUCAGUUAAACUUUUUGAUGCUUCCAACUAUAAACGUUUUUUUUCAUGGUUAGACAGGAGCUUCUAUUCCUAAUUAGGAGAUUGACACCUUUUGUGCUCUUCCAUGGUAAUGCAGAGAGGACUCGCAGAGUUUAGCGUGCUUGUUCUUCUCUUGUCCUCUAGGACGUUAAUGGCAAAGCAGCGAGUGAUCUUGUUGCGGUAUUGUGAAUAUCCGCAAGGAACAAUGUAUACAGAUUAGUUAGCUUGAAACAUCAGGCCUCAAAGUGGCGUCUACUCCUUGGGUGAGGCAGUAAUUUGAAGUAUUUGUAGUGUCAGAAGUGCUGUAAAUUAAAAGAAAUGUGGGUGAUGCCUUCAGAUGUGCAGUUUCUAAUGUUUACGUAAUUUCUAACCCAGUUUGAAAACUUCUGAGAAAGUAAAGCUCUUAAAUGUGUUUUUCUUCUAAGAUUACAUUGUCUAAUCAAGAAAGUUAAUUCAUUCUAUUCCCCAUUCUCUUUGUUUUUCCCUGUCCCCUUCUCACAUAGGCGUCGUGCAAUUAGUGUGCACUGCACAAUUGAACACUGCAAGUUUUCCCACUCUACAAGCAGCAUCAUGUCCACUGUCCAUCCACAGAACAGAAUCUGUGGUAGUAUGCGUUUUAGAUUCGUUGGCUGCCCCCAGUAAUCUCUGCUUCUUUCUGGCCUCCUUCUGGCCAUCAUGAAGAACCAAGCACAGCACAAAGGAUGACAGAAAUCCCCUCCUCUCUGCAACCAUCUUACCCAUUUGCUACAUCUAGCAUACAAUGCUGUGACCAGGUGUAAGUGAGGAUCUGCAAAUUAGAAAUCUUGCACUUGUGAGAUUCAGCCUUUCCGAUGAAACUCUGCUCUUAACUUUUCAAGGAUUUACCUCAAAAUUAUGUAAACUGUGAUUAUGUUAAUUAUAUUACUUGAUGGAACAAUUCAGAGCAUUUGUAAAUAUGUACAUUGUGCACAAAACAUUUUGUAAAUUAUCUGUACAGUAGUGUAGUCUAGGGUAUACUCUUUGAUCAUGUUUUGCCUUGCAGUUCUAUUGUGAUCCUAUAUUCCUUAAGUAGACAAAACUGAUCUUUCACAGUUUUGUCUGCUCAAAGGGUAGAAGAAUAGGCUCUAGAUCUGUGAAGUGUUCAGUGCUUUGCUGUUGUAUAGUCCUGAGAAGAGGCAAUUUAAUUCAGUGAGUUAAAAAACACGUCAGUCAUUUUUGACAGCUUGGUUUUAGAAUUAUUUUGAGUAGUCUCUUCAUCCUGAAGUUGCUGUAAAGCGUUUAAGCAAUUCGUGAAUCCCGUAAUCGACCUAGGAGAAGAAUGAAAGCCAUAGCAAAACUUACUUUUGUGGCAUAAAUCUACACAUUGUCUGUGUUUAAUGCCCUGUAUUAAUUGAGUUAAUGCUGCAACUUAAACUGUAUUUUGAGUACCAAAGACUUGCUAAAUACUCUGGAGUGUCUCUUUCAUGUGCUGCUUUUGCUUGUAUGGAGGUUUUGUUGUCAUGCAAUGAUGGAGUUACAGUACUUUUUAAUAUUUUGUAAAUAUGUUAAAUAUAAUAAACUGGUUAAUUUUUUUGUU